GUUAUUACAUUUAGAAAUAAAUAUUGAAAAUAAAAUCAUGGAUAAUAGUAAGGAAGAAAAUAAUAUUGAAAAAGAUGUUGAAUCUGUUAACGAAGAGGUUAAGGAGGACAAGCCGGUUGAAAAUUUGAAUGAUGAUAUUAAUAAAAAAGAAGAAAAUGUUGAAACAGAAGAAAGUAAAGAAACGGAAAAAGAAGAAAAAAAUAAGGAAGAAGAAAAAACUAAAGAAGUAGAAGAUAAGAAAGUAGAAGAAACUAAGGAAAUAAAAGAGUCCUCGGAACCAACAACUGAGUUGUUAGAACAGAUUAAGGAUCAAAUAGAAUUCUAUUUUGGUGAUGUGAAUAUGCAAAGAGACAAAUUCCUUACCGAGCAAAUAAAAUUAGAGAACGGAUGGAUACCCUUAACGGUAAUGCUCAAUUUCAAUAUGUUAGCCACUAUGACCACCAAUUGUGAUGUUAUAGUUAAGGCUUUAGAAUCAAGCGAGUUAAUUGAAGUAUCAGAGGAUAAGACAAAAAUAAGACGGUCACCUAAAUUUCCUCUACCAAAAUAUGAUGAAGAAUAUAGAAAAGCGCAGGAAGCAAGAACAGUUUAUAUGAAAGGAUUUCCAUUAAAAAAUACAAAUAUUCAAAAAUUAAAAACUUUCUUCAAACAAUACGAACCUUAUGAGAACGUUGUUAUAAGAAAAUAUCAGGACAAAGAUAAGGUGCUACACUUUAAAGGUUCAAUUUUUGUACAAUUUAAAACCUUAGACGAUGCUAAAACUUUCAUGGAAAGAAAAUCUGUUAAAUAUAAUGACGUCGAAUUGAUUAGAAAAUGGGCGGCGGAUUAUUCCGUUGAACGUGCAAAUAAACAUGAAGGCAGAAGGCAACAUUAUCAAGAAAUGAAAGAGAAGAAAAAUGAAUCUUUACAGAAAGAUGCUAAAGUUUUAGAGAGUGUUAAUUUACCAAAAGGUGCUAUUAUUCAUUUAAGCGAUAUGCCAGAUAAAUGUAGGAGGGAUUUAAUCAGAACAUGUUUCGAAAAGUACGAAGUUCCUAUUGCUUAUGUUCAGUAUGAAUGUGGUGACAAAGAGGCAUGGAUUCGUUUCCAGGAAGAGAAUGCAGCGAAAACAAUUUUGGAGAAAUUACCAAAUAAAACAAUCAAAAUCGAUGAAAGUGAAAUUACUUGUCGAGUAUUAGAGGAUGAAGAAGAACAGAAGUAUUUGGAUGAAGUUAAAAAGUAUAUCGUAAAUGUUAGACAACGUAACAAGAGCAGAAUGGACAAUAGAAAAGGUCGUUCGACAUAUAAGGGAGGAAGAAAAAGGCAUAUGUCUCCUCCAGCAAAUCAACCUCCAGUAAAAACGCCAGCCCAGGAAUAAUUAUUUCUUAAAAUAUUCAACUAUGCAAGAAAUAAAACAGGUAGAUGAAAGUUUUUCGUCU